AUGGACGCCGGCGGCCUGUUGGUGACUGCGGUGCCGGAGGAGCAGCUGCAGGCGKCCCGGGAGCGAGCCCUGCAGGGCGUCUUCGGGCCCGCGCAGCGCCUGCGCAGCGCGGAGGAGCCCGGGGAGCAGCGCGGCCUCCCCGGCGUCGUGCGGGACAGGGUGCGGGAGCUCUGGCAGAAAGGCCUGGACUUCUGCUCUCGCGGCCGGUGGGAGGAGGCCGUCGCCUGCUAUUCGAAAGCCAUCGCCUUGGAUCCGCACAGGGCCGAGCUCUACGGGCAGCGCGCAGAGGCGUUCGUGCAGCUCUGCGACUUCCAGUCGGCCRCCUUGAACUGGAGGAAGGCGCUUGCCCUGGCGCCCGCGUGGGAGCAGCGCGGCCUGCGGCGCCUGGCCCUGCUGCUCCACCUGCAGGGCCGCUGUCUGCUUGACCAGGAGCUGUUCUGCGAGGCGCUGGAGGCCUUCACGAGGGCGGCGGAGCUGCGGCCGGGCUGCAGGGCGCUCCACCGGGGCAGCAUCGCCUGCCUCGCCGCCCUCAACAAGUUCCCCGAGUGCCUGCAGACGCUCGACAGGGACGUGGAGGAGGACGCCAGGAAUCCCGACCUCUACGUGCUCCGGGCCUCGUUCCACGAGCGCUUUGGGCGGCUGGCCCUGUGUCACCAGGACCUCGCGCGAGCCCUGGYGCUGGAGCCGCAGCACGGAGCUGCCUGGGCGCUGAAGCGGAGGCUGCGGAGGCGAGGCCGGGAGGCCAAGGCCGAGGCGGUGACCAAGGCCCUCAGUGGCGACCUGCAAGGAGCCCUGCUCAGGAUCAGCUUCGCAGUCGAGAGCGACCCCUCGGCCGCCGACCUCCUCAUCCUCAGGGGGACCCUCCUGCGGCGGCUCAAGAGCUUCAGGGCGGCGCGCGAGGACCUGGCGCGGGCCAGGGCGCUGGCUGYCGAGGGUGGCCCCGAGGCCCGCGACGCGCAGCGGCAGCUGGUGCUCACCCACAACGACUGCGCCGUGCGCUGCUACGCCCUGGGCCUCUUCGAGGAGGCCGUGGCGCUCCUUAGCGAGGCGCUGCGGGACGAGAAGCACGAGGAGGGCCUCUACGUCAACAGAGGAGACUGCUUCCUCCGCCUGGGCGCGCUGCCCCUGGCGCUCGCGGACUACGAGCGGGCGCUGGAGCUGCGGCCGGCGGAGCGGGGCGUGCGGAGGCGCCUGGCGCUGGCGCUGCACGAGCAGGGCCAGCGGGAGCUGGCGGCCAGGCGCUACCCGCAGGCAGAAGCCCGUUUCUCGGCCGCCCUCGACUACGACCCCUGCAAAGCCCUGUACUACGUGGGCCGGGCCCGGAGCCGCCUGGGCCAGGGCAGGGUGAGGAGCGCCAAGGAGGACGUCGUGCUCAGCCUGUGGCUCGACCCCGCUGACAGCGAGGUCCUUUCGCUCGUGCACCACCUCUUUCCAAGAAAGACUGUYCGGGCUGUGCUUAGAAGUGCGAGCGGCCGCCUCGCUAAGGAGACCCUGGACAAAAUGCAGCGGUGCCCUGCGGGACUCCCCGCCUUGGCUGGUGUCACCCGCGGCAGCGGGCGCAGGAGUGGUUUGCCAGACCAUCUACGCGUGGCCUUGGAAACGCUUUCCAAGCCAAAAUCUUGUUUCUACUGA